GCACUUGCGAUAGCAUGCUUGAUCGUAUACGCUUCGUUCUGAGGUAUCUUUGCUACGAUUUGCUGCCCACUCUCACUCGAAUGUUGAAUCACACAGUUGUUCGUACGGUUUCGCCCCAGUCCGAGGUGUAUUACAGCACCCGACUACCCUAUAGAACCUGUGUCCAUCUUAGUGCUGUGAGUAGCUGGCGAGGGAUACUCGCUGAUUCGAGUUAAGAUGCUUGUUUUGAUACUGUUUAUUCCGUCUCUAUGCCAAUUGAUCCUGGGGGUGUACAUUAUGGCUCGCUUGAAUGUUGUCCGUCUGCACCAAGUGGCUAGCUAAGGUCAGGCAGUUAUGAGGAAUUGAACACUGCUCAAAUGGCUUCAGGAGACGAGCUUGUGACCUCGUCCAACCCGGAACACCCCGCCAACCUCAUCCCAUCUCUGUGCGCCAAAUUCUGGACGCUGGGAUGGGUCACAGGUACCGGCGGCGGAUGCUCCAUCUGUGAAGAUGACCUCGUCUACAUUGCUCCCUCUGGUGUGCAAAAAGAGCUCAUGAAGCCAUCAGACAUUUACGUCCUCUCCCUCGCGGCCCAGGACGCCUCCCUCAAGAACCGCGUGUACCUGCGCUCGCCGCCGUGCUACAAGCCCAGCCAAUGCACGCCCCUCUUCCUCGCGGCCUUCACCCUCCGCGGCGCAGGCUGCUGUAUCCACACGCACUCCCACUGGGCCGUGCUCGUGACCCUCCUGCUCGAGAGCACCGACUCCCCCAAGAUGUUUGAGAUCAACAACAUUGAGCAGAUCAAGGGGUUUGGCAGGGGAUUCCAGAAGACGGGGAACUUGGGAUACCACGACACCCUUAGGAUCCCCGUCAUUGAGAACACGCCCCACGAAGAGGACUUGACCGAGUUCUUGGAGGAGGCGAUGCGCCAGAACCCAGACACGUACGCCGUGCUCGUCAGGCGACAUGGCGUCUACGUGUGGGGCGACAACGUGCACAAGGCCAAGACGCAGUGUGAGAGUCUGGACUACCUGUUCCAGUUGGCCGUGGAAAUGAAGAGGCUCAACUUGCCGUGGAUCAGCGAGGUGACGCCUGUCGGCCCGCAGCGAUGAACAUGGCGGGUUCCUUUGAUAUUGGAGCAAAGAGGCGCAAACUGGACGGGG